CACACCCUCCCUCCUCCUCCUCCACCUCCUCCUCCUCUCUGUAUAAAAUGGCCAAUCCACCAGCUUUUCCCAGACAGCCACAGAGAGAGAAAAAAAGGGGCAAGUGAGUUGCGCACUGCAACCUCUCUGCACCACCCACGUCCUUUGUUAGCUGUAGCGUUCCGUCUCUGCUUUCUUCCACCUCUUUGCUUGACCUACACUGACUGCCGCAGCUCAUCGGCUCCUCUGCUCCUCUCCCAGUGCAUACGCUUUGGCUCUUCGAUCCCGACAUGGGGUUCCCGGUUGGCUACUCUGAGCUCCCGAAGCUCCUCCUCCACCUGCUCUUCCUCUUCGCCCACCUGAGAAGGCUCAUCAACUGGGUCUUCCACUGUCUCGGCCUCGGCGCCCUGCUGGAGUCCGAAGCGCAGUGGCAUGACACGGACGCCCACGCCCAUUACCACCAGACGGGCCUUUGCUCGCUCCCGGCCGAGCUGAUCCAGGAGAGCUCGCCGGCGAUCCGGUUCCAGGAGCUGGUCACCGCGCAGCGCGGCCAUCGCUGCUUGCCGGAGAGCUGCGCGGUGUGCCUCUACGAGUUCGAGGGCGCCGACGAGGUCCGGCGGAUGGGAAACUGCCGCCACGUCUUCCACCGGCACUGCGUCGACCGGUGGCUGCAGCACGGGCAGUGCACCUGCCCUCUGUGCCGAGCGCCGCUUGUCCCCGGGGAGCUGCACGCCGACGGCUCUUUGUCUUACGACGAGGGACACCUGUGCUCCUUCCCGCUGCCGCCGGCGGUGUCUGCGCUGCGUCCCCUUCGGUUGCCUGCUUCCUAGCGAUAGAGAUCGGCGAGCGAGCAAGCAGUGUACAGAGGUGAUGGAAGCUGUGCAAAGCACAAAAGUCGGAUGCAAUAAGACAGGGAAGAAGACCAUCAAUCAUAGUGUGGGUUGGUUCUUCUCCUUGUACAGUCUUGGUUGGGAAUGAGGCUUGGGAGAGCGUGAUAUGAAGCUUUCUUGAGGGUACUCUUGAGUGUUCCAAAGGAGUUUGGAGCUUGAGAGAGAGAGAGAGAGAGAGAGAGAAGGGUCUGCAACCUGUUCACUGCAGCACUUCCUUGGUUGGAUUGGAGGCUUGAGAGAAGAAGGAUCAAAAUCCUACUGGUGUGGGUUGAUUUUGAUGUGUAAUAUCUGCUCCCUUUCUUCUGACUUGAAUUACCAGCAAAAUUUUUUGUUGCUGGUUGCUUGUAAGGGUUGUAACUUUGGAUUGAAUGAGACUGAGAAACUUCUGCUUGGUUUUA